UUAAGUAUAUUUUUAAGAGACAAAAAUGGCAGAACACCAUUAAGUUAUGCAGCCGAAAAUGGAAUGCUAGAAUGCACAAUAAAGUUGGUAGAAAAUGGCGCGGAUAUUAAUUUGGAAGAUAAUAAUAAGAUGGGACCUAUACAUUUUGCUGCGCAAAAAGGUCAAACCGAAGUGUUCUAUAAGCUUGCAAGUUCAAAAAAGAUUGAUUUUGAUAAAUCAGCGAUAAAUUGUUUAGAUCUAGCGAUUGAUAAUAACCACGUGGAAACAGUUCUUAGGAUCUUUCAAAUUGAGAACUCCAAAUGGACAAACAUGCUGCGAUCAAGAUCAAAAUUAAAUGACUCGGAUGAGUUUCAUGACACACCAAUGAGAAAGCUAAUCAGACAAAUGCCUGAGGCAGCCAGGAAAGUAUUUAAUCAUUGCACAAAAAUGUCGAAGGCUAGCAGCAAGCAAUUUGAAGUAACAUUCAAUUAUGAAUUUCUUGAUGACACUUACCAGCUUGGAACUUGGAGAAAACACAUACCUCCAAAGCAACAAGCUACAAAGAAAGAUGACUCGAAGCAUUCCAAAGAUUCGGAAGCGAAACAGAGCACUGCCAAUCAAGUUGACCCGAAACAAUCUCAAGAUAAGGAAUCAAACCUGAGCACUGCCAGUCUAGUUGAACCGAAAGAUUCUCAGAAUAAGGAAACAAACCAGAGCACUACACAGAAAGAUGACUCGAAGCAUUUCAAAGAUUCGGAAACGAAACAGAUCACUGACAACAAAGUUAACCCGAAACAAUCUCAAGAUAAGGAAACAAACCAGAGCAGUAAACCAUACACCGAGAAUACAAACAUUAUCAAAGAAAACCACCCCCUGAUGAUAAUGGUCACAUCCAAACGGAUAGAAUUGUUGGAUCACCCAUUAGUGUCAGCUCUCCUCAAGAGGAAAUGGAUAAGUGUCGGUCUUGUUUUAAACAUCCUUAUUGUUUUGCUCUAUGCAAUUUUUCUUGCAUUGCUUACUGGCUUCACGCUUGAUGUUCGUGCCCCAUAUCAGUUUCAGAGUUUUUCUGAGUGUUCAGAUUUAACAAACGAGAGUAUUUCUGUAUUCGCAUCUUUUGCGAAGUACGGAAUCAUCGCAUUGGCUUCGAUAAUAUUGCUCAUUGAGAUACUCGAAAUGAAACAAAUGUUCUCCUGGAAAGUGUGGUUUUACUUUUUGGAAAUUGAAAAUGUUAUUGAAUGGAUAACCUGCAUCACUGCAAUUAUAUUUGUUAUCAAUACAAGCGGAUGUAGCGAUUCUGGAUAUCGGCCGCAAUGGCAAUGGACUUGCGGAACGGUAUCCGUUUUCCUCGCUUGGAUCAAUAUGUUAUUUAUCAUUCAGAAAUUCGAAUGGCUAGGUAUAUAUGUAGUUAUGUUGUACCGGAUCAUCAAGGUGUUUAUGAAGUUUCUCCUUGUAUUUUCACUCCUGAUUGUUGCCUUUGCUAUAUCGUUCCACUGCUUGUUUCAGAAUCAGGAACCAUUUAGUACAAUUUGGACAUCACUGAUGAAAACAACCUCGAUGAUGAUUGGUGGCCCGGACUUUGUGUCAACGUUUCUAGACGAAACUGUUCAUUUUGAAAUAAUUAGUAAUCUGUUCUUUGUCAUCUUCAUGUUAUUUAUGGCUAUUGUAGUCAUCAACUUACUGGUUGGCUUAGCAGUAAAUAAUAUACAUGAAUUCCAACAAAAGGCUGAUCUUGCUAAAAAGCAAAUGCAGGUCAAGUUUGCUCUAGAGUUAGAAAGAAUGGCAACGUCCACUUUUUUUAAAAACAUUUUAAAAUGCUUGUGCUUCAAGUGUAAAAGUAACGAUGAGAGCGAAGAGAAGCUGACGCCAAACGAGUUAUCCUGGUUUAAAAAAAAGGUUGGUGAAUCUUGGAAAUUAACUGAGCGGGACAUAAAGGCAGCAAUGAGUUCUGAAAAGGACGAUAAUUCCAGAGUGGUAGCCCGAUUAGACACAAAAAUAAAAACUCUUGAAACAAACUUGGAGGAACAUAUGAAAUACAUGGACACACAAUUAGCAGCGAUUCUGGAUAAAAUAGAAAACAAACCAGAGGAAACUGGUGCUGUCGGAGACAAUGGUAAUUCAAGAGUGGUAGCCGGAUUUGACACGAAAUUUAAUCUUGAAACAAAGUUAGAGGAUAUGGGCGCCCAAUUAGCAGCGAUUUUGGAUAAAAUGGAAAACAACACAGAAUAAACCGAUGACAACCAUGAAAUUAAUGGUGAUAAUUCAAGAGUGGUAGCCGGAUUAGACACGAAAUUUAAAACUCUUGAAACAAAGUUAGAGGAUAUGGCCGCCCAAUUAGCAGCGAUUUUGGAUAAAACGGAAAACAAUACACAGGAAACUAAUGACAUCCAUGUCAUUAAUGAAUGACUGAUAACAAAUCAAAAUAUUUACUUAUUUUUAUAUUUCUUCCCACAAUGAAAUAUUAUUUCAAUUGUUUUCUUGAUAAGUAUUAAACUGACAUGUCAAAUUUUAAACUCUAUGACCAUAAACAAAAUGUUUAAAUUUCGAAUUAAUUAACUGUAUAUUCAAUGACCCUUUGAUCGGUAACUAUCGGAAUCAAAAAUAGAUAUACACGGUUUUUAAAGAACGGCACAACAAUAUAGGCAUUGGUUAAAAGUCCUACAACCCUUACUAACAAGGUGUAAAACAUGAUUUAAAGAAAGGUUAUUAAGUUUAAAAAUGUAAGAAAAAAAAAUAAAAUGGUUUAUCAAGGAUUUGAACUUGCAACUACGUAAUAAAACUUAAUAAUGAACUCAUUUCAGGCCACUUAUGUCAUUUUCACUAAGCCUGACCAAUACACAAAUUCUUCAACUUUCAUAUUGCCAGGCCUAGAACCUUAGAAACUUACAAGUAUUUGACUUUUCUUGUCUUUUAUAUCUUUAUAAUUAAGUUAUGUUUGAUAUUAGUUUCUACUUUAUUGUUAAAAUAGUUUUGUUAUACUUUCUCAUUUUUGUAAUCAUUGUAAAUGAUACUGCUGCAAAUUUUCCAUGAAUCAUAAUCUAUAUUUAGAAUAAUUAUGUAAAGAAAUGAUAAGCUAAAGCAUUUGUAAAGUAAAUUCUGUUUGGCUCAGAUAAAUGUUACAUACAGUGCUACCUGUAUGAAGAUGUAAGCUCACUCUGGGAUUAAGAAGUUUAUUUAAUCAGGUAUCACAUGGAUUUUCGACAUUCUGGUACUUAUUUUUGAAGAAGUAAUAUCUCUGAAAGCUGUCUAAUGUAUAUUAAUUUAUUAUCUGUUGAAUCUGCUUUAGGUACUUUGGCAUUAAGUUAACCUUAGAGACGACUGAUUUCACUAAAACAUUUUUGAACAUUUUUUAAGUAAUUUUAGUAAUUUCUUUUUUUAAAAAUGAAUUAAUAUCGUUUCUUCUUUUCCUAAGUAGAAGCCAUCUUUAAUUAUUUUAUCUUUAUUUCAUUUAACAUAAAUUAAGAUAAGGAUUUCUACUACUUAAAUGUAUUAGUGUUUAGCACAGAAUCAUUUAGGUUAUUUUUCUAAUUUUCAGUGUUUGCAUAAUUUAACAACAAUAAACUACUUUAAAUCUUG